AUGCAGCUGCCUUUAAUUAAUUAACUCAACAUCACCACCAUCAUAUAUUUAUAUAUAUAUAUGAUGAUCAUCCAUUGUUUUUGCAGAAAACCUUCAAAAGGAGCAACCUCAGUUCCAUUAGGAGAUGCCAAAGAAACUGCAAAAGUCCCUCCAAGCUUGCCUCUCUAAGAUCAAAAACCCUACUCCUCCUUCCAUGUCUUCUUCUAAAAACUGGGUUUUUUCAGGCUGCAAAAGCCCCAAGACUCCUUCUUUUGCCACUGAGCGUACCCUCAACGAGGGACGCAACAGGGACGGUGCAGCGACGCUCUCUGAUAUCGAUCGUUUCCUCUUUGAGAAUUUUAAGUCUCUUUAUAUCAAAAACGAGGAUGAAGAUCGUCAUCGCCAAACGAAGAGAGGUCAAGGUGAAGAAAAAGAAGAAGAUGGAGAUUGUGCUCGAGUUCAAAGUCCUCUGGGGGUAUUUUAUUAUGAUGAAUCCCCUAGGUUGUUCGACAUACCGCCGGACCUUUGUGGGUCACACCGGUUUUUUGUUACUGCCAGCUCGUCCAGCUCGCUCAUCGAGGAGGCUCGGUUGAGUCUGACUGCCACAUCCGAAGAAGGAGAGUCGAGUUCAAGCUCGAACAGCAAUACCAUAAUCGACUCAACAAAGAAAUGUAAUUCUAACAGCACUGACGUAAAAAACAUAAACGUUGCUCUUCCCGACGACUGCAUCACAGUAAUAAAGUACUCUAAGAAUCCAAAUGACGACUUUCGACAAUCUAUGCAAGAAAUGGUGAAAGCAAGAUUACAGCAGAAGGAAAAGAUUGACUGGGAUUUCAUGGAAGAGCUUCUAUUCAGUUACUUGGACUUAAACGACAAGAAAUCACACAAGUUCAUACUGAGUGCUUUCGUGGAUCUUAUUGUGGAUAUGCGUCAACGUUCAUACAAAAUCCCGGCAAAGUCACGGAGGAGCUGUAGAAUUGCGAGGGAGAGGAUCAGGAGGAGGAAAUUGAGGAAUGUUACGUAAGAUUUUGGUUAUGCUGUGUUUUUGGACUCAUCUGCCUUAGGCCUCACAUGCAAUAUGCAUUAUUUAUUUGUGGAUCAGUAAAUUUCGAGACCAAAAAUACUUAGUUUAAGAAUUGAGAUUUGUAAUAUUGUGGUAUUUGGUGAGAGAUGGCGGAUGCUUAGGGGUGGUGUUUGUCUGUUGCUUGUUCCCUGCAGGUGAUUCUGGAUGGCAUAUAUUAAGAGAUUAUUAUCUCAAUUCUAAACCAAUCGUCUAAAUUUGUUAAGUUUUACGAGGGUUUUUAUUUAUUUAUUUAUUAAAAUCCCCUUCAAGUUUCAUCUAAUUUCAUA